AUGUCGGCCACUACAGCUCGUGCAGACCCGUUUAAGCCUGCAGCGAGAGUCGCUGGGCAGCGUCAAGAUGUCUGGUCCAUCGUCAACGAGGCCGCUGCCGCGUCUCCGGUCCAGCCAAUUGUGAAUAUGGGACAAGGCUUUUUUGGCUAUAACCCUCCCAAGUUUGCGUUGGAUGCGGCCAAAGAGGCCCUCGAUAAAGUCGAUUGCAAUCAGUACUCACCAACCAAGGGCCGGCCGCGGUUGAAGAAAGCUCUUGCCAACGCUUAUUCCAAAUCCCUGGGUCGCGAACUCGACCCAGAGACUGAGGUCUCCAUCACGACUGGCGCAAAUGAAGGCAUGUUGAGCGCAUUUAUGGCCUUUAUUGAACCAGGCGAUGAAGUCAUCAUCUUCGAACCCUUUUUCGACCAGUACAUCAGCAACAUCGAGAUGCCAGGAGGCACAAUCCGCUACGUCCCUCUUCACCCUCCGAAAGACGGUGCUACGCGCACAUCCUCGGCCGCUGAAUGGAAAGUCGACUUUGACCAAUUGGAGCAGACAAUUAACUCCAAGACAAAGAUGAUUGUUCUCAACACGCCACAUAACCCCGUCGGAAAGGUCUUCUCGCGCGAGGAGCUCGAACGCAUUGGCGCGCUCGCUACCAAGCACAACCUCAUCAUCUUGUCGGAUGAGGUCUACGAUCGGCUGUUCUACGUGCCAUUCACCAGCAUCGCCACGUUGUCGCCAGAACUGUAUGAACGCACGCUCACCGUGGGAUCCGCUGGCAAAGCUUUUUACGCCACGGGCUGGCGCGUUGGAUAUCUCAUCGGCCCUCCACACCUAGUCAAGUAUGUGGCUGCGGCGCAUACUCGCAUCUGCUACAGUAGCGUGUCUCCGUUGCAAGAAGCCUCAGCCGUGGCGUUUGAAAAGGCCGAGGGCGAGGGUUUCUGGGAGCAGUCCCGGGACGAAAUGAGAGGCAAGGUCGAUCUCUUUUGCAAGGUUUUCGACGAGCUGAACAUUCCCUACUCCGAUCCCGAAGGCGGCUAUUUUGUGCUAGCCAACAUGGCCUCCGUUAAACUCCCUGAAGACUACCCCUUUCCUCCACACGUCGCUAACCGGCCGCGUGACUUUAAGCUAGCCUGGUUCCUCAUCAAGGAAGUCGGUGUGGCCGCUAUCCCGCCAACUGAGUUCUACACUGACAAGAACGCGCAUAUCGCCGAGGAUUACCUGCGGUUUGCCGUGUGCAAGAAUGAUGAUGUUCUCGAAACGGCCAAGGAACGGUUGAGGGGGUUGAAGAAGUAUAUUACGCAGUGA